AUGCCUGUCGUCACUCCAGAUAAGCUGGCAAGUCUGCAAAGACAAUCCAGUGACAUUCGAAAUAUUUGUAUUUUGGCUCACGUUGACCAUGGCAAAACUUCACUUACCGAUGCUCUGCUUGCCACAAAUGGCAUCAUCUCACCAAAGCUGGCGGGAAAGAUCCGUUACCUAGACUCCAGACCUGAUGAGCAGACUCGAGGAAUCACAAUGGAGUCUUCCGCUAUCUCACUAUAUUUUGCUAUGCGUCGGAAAGCAGCCCCCGAUGCUGAGCCUGAGGACAAGGAGUACCUCGUCAACUUGAUUGAUUCGCCAGGUCAUAUCGAUUUCAGUUCAGAAGUCUCAACAGCCUCAAGACUUUGUGAUGGUGCUGUUGUGCUUGUCGACGCCGUCGAGGGAGUCUGUAGUCAAACGGUCACCGUGCUUCGCCAGACAUGGACCGAGAAGCUAAAGCCCCUACUUGUUAUCAACAAAAUUGAUCGACUUGUUACUGAACUUAAGAUGACCCCUGGAGAGGCCUACAUCCACUUGAAUAAGCUGCUAGAACAAGUGAACGCUGUGCUAGGAAGUUUCUUCCAGGGAGAGCGUAUGGAAGAGGAUCUUAACUGGAGAGAGAAGAUGGAGGAGCGAGUCAAUGCAGCGACAGCGGCUAAGGAAUCAGCAAUUGCUGAUCAAGUUAGCGACACGGGAGAGAUUCAAUUCGAGGAGAGGGACGACGAAGACAUCUACUUUGCUCCCGAGAAGAAUAACGUCAUUUUCAGCAGUGCCAUCGAUGGCUGGGCCUUUACUUGCAGACAAUUCGCUGCCAUGUACGAGAAGAAGCUGGGCAUCAAGCGUGGAAUUAUGGAAAAGGUUCUAUGGGGCAACUUCUACUUGGAUCCCAAGACAAAGAAGAUCUUGGGUUCCAAGCAUCUGAAGGGAAGAAACUUGAAGCCCAUGUUUGUGCAGUUGGUACUUGAGCCAGUAUGGACGGUCUACCAAGCAACAGUUGGAGGUGACAAUGGCCAAGGAGACCGAGAGCUGCUCGAAAAAGUCACAAAGUCUCUCGGCAUCAAGAUCACACCUCACAUGCUCAAGUCUCGCGAUCAGAAGCUUCUUAUGAACACCGUCUUCGCAGGCUGGCUUCCCUUGUCGACAGCACUGCUGGUGUCCGUUAUUGAGUCUCUUCCAUCUCCUCCAUCUGCUCAGGCUGCACGACUUCCUGAGAUGUUGAAGGAAUCUCCAGGAUCUGACCACAUCGAUCAAACUAUAAAGGACUCUAUGGUUUCAUUCAAGCAUGAGAAAUCCGACCCCGUUGUUGCCUACGUCAGUAAAAUGGUAUCUGUUCCCGAGAGCGAGCUUCCUGAGAACAAGCGACGUACUGGUGCUCAGAUGAGCGGCGAAGAGGCUCGAGAACUUGCACGCAAGAAGAGAGCCGAGGCUGCGAGAGCUCAAGCUGCAGCUGGUGAGAACGGCGUCGAUAGUAUGGUGACUUCGAUGGAUGCCAUUAACCUCGACGACUAUGCGCCUGAACUUGAAGAGAAGAAGGUCGAUCCUGAGCACCUCAUUGGCUUUGCACGUAUCUACUCAGGAACUCUGUCCGUGGGUGACAAGCUCUACGUCAUCCCUCCCAAGUGGUCACCCGCUGAGCCUAAUGCUGAGCCUGAGCCUCAGGAAGUCACUGUCACUGCGCUUUACAUGCUGAUGGGACGAAACUUGGAGGCACUCGACUCAGUCCCUGCCGGUUGUGUCUUUGGUAUUGGUGGCCUGGAGGGUAAGAUUCUGAAGUCUGGAACUCUUUGCAGUCGUCGUGAAGGUGCUGUCAACCUCGCGGGUGUUACCAUGUUGGGUAAGCCCAUUGUUCGUGUUGCGCUGGAACCUGUAAACCCUGCCGAUCUUGACAAGAUGAUCCACGGUCUGAAGCUCUUGGUGCAAAGCGACCCUUGCGCCGAGUAUGAACUCCUAUCCAGUGGCGAACACGUUUUGUUGGCCGCCGGUGAACUGCAUCUUGAGCGAUGCUUGACUGAUUUGAAGGAGCGUUUUGCUUUGUGUGAUAUUCAGCCCGGUGCACCAAUCGUUCCCUACCGGGAGACAAUUGUCCGGGCUGAGGAGAUGCGACCUCCAGUCAACAAAGAGCUUGGGCGUGGCGCAGUUGUUGCCACAACGAGCUCAAAGCAGGUCACAGUUUCACUACGGGUACUGCCAAUUCCCGAGAAUGUUACCGACUUCCUGUUGAAGAACGGUGAUGCAGUCAAGAAAGUCUACGACCGAAGAGCAAAGACCGAAGAGGAGGGAGAAGAAAUUAUUGCUGAAGCUGAUGUUGCAGCCGGGAACACCCUCUCUGUGGAGGACUUCAAAAAGCAACUUAAGGAGAAGCUAGAGACUGGCAAGGGCAGGGAAGUUUGGAAAGACUGCAUUGACAAGAUUGUGGCCUUCGGGCCCCGACGAACCGGGCCCAAUCUGCUCAUCGAUUCUACUGCAGAUGGCAUCUUUGCUAGGGCUUUUGCUACCGAAAAGGCUGUCGAAACUGCACCUCGUGCAGACGAAUCUCUUCACCCUAGUCACCUGACUGACAAGAUCUCUUACGCGUUUCAGCUUGCUGCAGCUCAAGGUCCUCUAUGCAAUGAGCCUCUGCAGGGUGUUGCUGUCUUUGUUGAGGAUGUCACUCUCAACCUUGCCGAAGACGAUUCCUCAGCUCGUGAUAAACUCGGACGUCUGACCGGAGAAAUUAUCAGAACUUUCCAAUCCUCCCUUCGAGCAGGAUUCAUGGAUUGGUCUCCCCGCCUCAUGCUUGCCAUGUACAGCGUUGAGAUCCAAGCGUCUACUGAGGUUCUAGGUCGUGUAUAUGACGUCCUGACUCGUCGUCGCGGCCGCGUCAACGCCGAGCUGAUGAAGGAGGGCACUCCUUUCUUUACAAUCCAGGCCCUGGUCCCUGUGGCCGAGAGUUUUGGUUUUGCGGAUGAGAUGCGCAAGCGUACCAGUGGCGCAGCACAGCCGCAGCUCAUCUUUGCGGGAUUCGAGAUCCUGGACGAAGAUCCGUUCUGGGUCCCGUUCACCGAAGACGACCUGGAGGACCUUGGCGAGUUGGCCGACAAGGAGAACGUGGCGAAACGCUACAUGGACGGUGUAAGGAGGAAGAAGGGGUUGCUUGUUGAGGGAAGAAAUGUGGCUACGGAUGCAGAGAAGCAAAAGACACUGAAGAGGUAA